UUGAGAGAGUUGGACUCUCGCGAGACUUUGGGAGGUCUGGGGCAAAGAGGGAGCCCUCGGGGGCGGCAACGCUGGGAGAAGAUGGCCGACGAGGAGGGUAGCAACGGGGACGCUUCUGCCCUGCCGGUGGGGAAGGAGGCAGUGGACCGUCUGAUCAAAGAGAACAGCCACAUCUUUACGGAUACUCAGUGCAAAGUAUGUAGUGCAGUGCUCAUCUCUGAGUCCCAGAAGCUUGCUCAUUAUCAGAGCAAGAAACAUGCAAACAAAGUUCGGCGGUACAUGACUAUCCAUGGUGAGGAGGAGCUCACCCAGAGUAAGAAAAUAAAGUUGGAUACAAAUGAGAGCAACAAUGGAGAAGACAGAAACAAAUGCUGCCCCAUCUGUAACAUGACCUUUUCCUCCCCUGUUGUGGCUAACUCCCACUACCUAGGCAAAACUCAUGCCAAGAAUCUGAAGCUGAAGCAGCAGACUCCUAAAGCAGAAGCAUCUGUACCAGUUCAAAAACAGACGGCUAAUCUUCCUCCCACUACUGUGUCCUCUCAUGAAGAGAAUCAGAACACUUCUGACCCAAACAAAUUCUGCAGUCUCUGUCAUGCCACAUUCAAUAAUCCUUUGAUGGCAAAACAGCACUACGCAGGCAAGAAACACAAAAAGCAAGAAACCAAACUUAAACUAAUGGCACACUAUGGCAGAACCCCCGAGGAACCUGCAGCUUCAACAGCUGGGAAAGGCUAUCCCUGUGAAGACUGUAAUAUAGUACUGAACUCCAUAGAGCAGUACCAAGCUCACAUCAGCGGCUUCAAACACAAGAACCAUAUACCAGGAGGAAUUCCUGUUACAGCUCGGUAUCCGAGGACGCUGUAUACACGGGAGGAGACAACCGGCCCUGAUGGCUACAGCUAUUUCAGCCAAGAUCUCUAGAACACGUUCCAGUGCUAUUUUUGGAUUGCCAGUGGCCAAAAGUGAACAUCUUUUACCAGCCCACUAUGAUUUUAUUGUUCCUCUGGCUAAAUGAAACCCUCCUGUCCUGCAGUGUACUGGAUUAGCAGGGUGAGGACUAACUAUUGGCUAAAGGAGCUAGAAAGGACAGAUAUACUAGUUGGCAUUUGCUCAGUCCUUUAGAAUAGUUUUCAUUGUGUAUUCUCUUGCUGUACUAGCUGAUGGGUGGGGUGGGGGUUGUGUCUGACACAAGCAAGGCUUGGCAUCUGACAGUGUUCCAUCUUGAGCCCAUCCUUUCCUUCUGCCUAGAAGAAGCAGAAGAAAAUUCUACAUCCAGUACCAGCCAGAGGAGAUGAACUUUUGGAAGAAAGCUUGUUAUUCCUGGAAACAGUGCUUUUUAAGUGUGAGAUAUAAAAUGGGCUUAACAGACAGAUGAAUGAUGAUAUUCUCCUCACCUGGAAUGGAGCAUUACAUUGCUGUGUUUGUCUUGCUCCCUCCUGAAUUAACUGGGUUUGUGUGAAGACUUUCCUAGGUCAUCAGUUUGCCAUUUGCAUCCUUUUUGUUGUUCUGCAGAUUUUGGUUCUGGAACAUCUGGUGAUUAAUAAAAUUGUUUCCGUCAGUACUGUGACGAAUCUGCUUCAGAAGGGCAAGCAGGUGGAGGCCCUGCUGAAGCAAUUAGCAGUGGUUCCAGCAAACUGCACUUCUUUCUCAGUUCCUCAAAUUCUUCUUAUUGGAAACUGUGUUUGAACCUAGAUGUGUAUACAAGGUUCUGUUGUGUUAAAAUGUUUAUCAAAAAUCUCUAGAUGUAGUGGAGACUUCUAAAUUUUGUUAUUUCUGUACACAGGAAUGGCAAGACCAAGAGAAAUGUGACACAAGAAGUUAAAUUUUGCUGUUACCUUUCUUAUUCCUGAUAUCAUCUUUGUCCUCAUUCUAAAUGAGAGAACAGUACUUUGCAUAGCAGUUCUAAGCUUUGUAAAUUGAAUUGCUACCUCCCAAGGCUCGGGCUGUAGAUACCCUAUCUUAAAAAGCCUUUAUAUAUUAACCCUUACAGUUCCAUUUGUGCAAAAUCUAUUUCUUAAUUGUCUCUAUGCUCUAGAGAUUCUAUUUUAGAGAUCUAUUUCUAAUAACUUCCUGAGACUCAGGAAGGAAUGUAGGUGCCUGAUGAGAAUGCUGAUUGAGAUGAAUUGAUUCCAUAAUUCGCUUGGAAAGGAGAUAAAAUGAGAUUAUGUAUUGGCCACUUCCUUUCCAUUUUCAUGUGUACAAGGAUCUGGUAAACUUGAAGUCUGCUAACAUCUAGGUUAGUUUGGAGUUUACAAGAUGGCUUGUUUCCAGAAGUUAAUUAAAAUUCUGUCUUACUUGUCCAAAAAGAAAGUUUAUAGAACAUGGCAUAAAAUUGGGACAUUGUGAGAUACUCACUCUUACCUACCCUUUUCUGCUUUUGUUUAAAACAAACAGUAGCUCUUAUUUUUCUUCUUUGCCUUUCUGUGAUCUGCUUCACGAUCAAUCUUGACUAUAACCUUUAGUAUGCCCCUGCUUGCAAGUUUAACUCAUGAAUCAGUCCCAUAAUUAGUAGAAGGUCCAUAUAUUCUGUUGAGUAAUUCAAUUCUGUAUACUGCAUCACUUCUCCUGUUUUCUAUUACAUUCCUAACUUAAUCUUGAUAGCAAAAAUGUUUUCAGAACUGGAUAUGAAAAUGCAGAGUCCUGUCCUUUAUCUUGUCUGUUAGCAUUACAUGUGAAUUUGUAUGCCCUCUUCUUUUGGUGGGGUGAGAUUAUUGGCUGGUAGUCUUUGUUUCUCCAUAUGAAUAUUACUAACUGUACACUUUAUAUACAGCUCCUCUGGUAGGUAUGUAUAUACCUAUUCCCUCUCUGCCACCCUAGAAAAGUUAAGGGUGUGUGUCUUUGUUUCACUUCUUUCCUAGCAGUAAUGUUAAUCAAGGUAAUAUUUAGGUCAGGCCAGACUAUCAGUGCAUUUUCUUGUAUUCCUCAUAUCUGCAAUGAUGAUAUAUUGCAGUUCAUUCUACAUAAGGAAUCAUCAUCAGCAUUACCUGCUUUUUCCUUUUUGAUACUACCAGGCUUUUGUGUGGAAGAUAACUCUCCACCUCUGGAAAUCAAGCAGAAAAUGUGUAUGUGUGGUUUUUUAAAAAAAUGUCAAGUUUAUCUUUGCAACUUUAAGUUAUGAUAGGGUUGAUGAGAUUAGUUGUCUUGGAUUUGCAUUUCUUAUUUGCAACAGAUUGGAAAGUAUCUGUCCUGUCAGCUGCCCCCAUCACCUCAUUUUUUUUUUGUUUAGCGUUUAUCAAAUGGUAUGACUAAAGUGAGAAGGAGGAAAGUGUAAAAGAAGCAUGUGCAUACAGAUUUGCUCUGACACGUAUAAAGAAAAGCUACACGAGCACUUAUGCUGUAGAACAGUGAUGGCGAACCUAUGGCACGCGUGCCAGAGGUGGCAUUCAGAGCCCUCUCUGUGGGCACACAUGCUGUUGCCCUAGCACAGAGUUUGCCAGAGUUUCUUACUAGAAAGUCAGAGGGACAUGGCACUUUGCAAUAAAUAAGUGGGGUCUGGGCUGCAAUUUGGGCACUUGGUCUGUAAAAGGUUCACCAUCACUGCUGUAGAACUUUCCUUUGAAUAACUGAGGGGACAGCUCUGUAUCUUCUGACUUGCCAAUAGCUGUGUAUGCAUAAGCCUUGAUUUAGAAGCUUCAUCUUCUGCUCUUAAUUUGUGUCCUUUGGAAUUCUCCCAACAUCUUUCACUGUAUUUGGAAUAUGAUUUCUGACAUACCCAGUGAGCAUCCUCAGUCUACAGAGCAGAGACCUGGACACCAUGAUUGCCUCCAUGGAGUUCUAGUUUUAGAUUUGAUUUUUACUGUACAUUACAUUAUGUUGUUGUUGCUAACAGUUAAUAUUUUUGGCAAGUACAAGAAUAAGUAUUUUGUUACAUCCGUAAAAUGAUCAGUGUGCUGGCAGAUGAUAAAUUCAUGAAUUUCUAUUUGUCUCUUUCCUUUAAAUAGUCAGGCUUCAUCAUUUUAUAGAUUAAAGCAUUUUUUUCUGUUCAUAACAAA